GGGAGGAGAUAUAAAUUAUUUUGAAGAUAAUAUUGCAAGCCUGCCCCAGUUCUCCACAGUUCCACACCUAGCAGACAAGCGCAGCAAUGACUUGCUAAAAGGAAGCUGAGGACUGUGAUCUCAUAGGAAAUACCAGUUUUGACAGCAUAACAAGGAAACAUGGCCAAAUCAAGAGACCAUGUGGAAACCUCCCUGGAGGAGUUCAGGGAGAAGAUUAUUCCUGGAGUGACAUCACUUGGGGCCUCCUCAGAGACCUGGAACUCACAGCAAUCCACACCCAUCACCGCAGCUCUGACACCACAGGAACAAACAAGGGCCCUUGACAUUGUGAAGGAAGGAACAUCACAGUCCAAAGUUAGCCUCGACCAGAUUUGUUCACAGGGGGAACCUGAGCUUAGGGCUGAUUUAGAGCAACGAGAACAGAACAGGGAUGAGUUAGAAUUCAUGAGGAUAAAAAUACAAAGACAAAAGGAGGAUGUUGAACAAAAACUGGAGGAUGCAAUGACUACAAUUCUGACUAUGGGUGAGAUGAAAGCUAACAUAGAAAAAGCUGUUACAGAGAUUAACAGCAUGCAAGAGGAAAUGCUCAAAGGCCAAAGGAGGAUGGAAAAGAACAAGGAAGAGGUCAAAAAAUUCUUGGGCAAGCUGACUUCCAUGAAUGUUCAGAUCAGCACAUGGAUGUUGACAGAAUCUGCAAUCGAAAAGACUUUUUCAGUGAGUAUGUCUAAACUUCAAGAACCACAGAAAGAUCAAACACUGGAAAUUCCAACGGGCGAAGAAAGAGUAGGAGAUGAAAUUACAAAGGAGGUUGUAUCUCUGCAACAGUCUAUUACAUUAGAAGACCAGCAGCAAAGUGAAGGAAUUAAAGAAAAGGAGCACUGGCAAUCAGUGAACAAACAAUUUAUUGCAGUGGACAUAUAUGAAAAUGAUAUUUCUGUACAGACGCAGACAGAAAUUCAUGAAGAAACAUUGAUAGAUGAUGAUCAGACAGAAUUAAUUAUAAAUGUAGGACAAAAGAAAGAAGUGGAAAAACAGAUAUUGAAACUCAAGGAGAGAGAGAAGAAAAUCAAAGAGCAAAUAAAGUAUGUUAUGGAGAACAUGGAGGAAAAAAAUCAAGAGAUUAAAAGGCUCAUAAGGGAUAUAAAUGACCUGCAGAGCCACAGACCUGAGACUAAAACUGGAUUACAAAUUACAAUCAGGGAGACUGGAAAUGUGGAGGAAGGAGGGACUGGACUGCUGCAAGAAACGGAACAUAGAGACAUAUUGUGGGUAAAUACCAAUGUUUUCAAACACGAAUUGACUACAUAUGAGGUCAAAAUGGAGGGGAACGGUAAUAAAGUGAAACAAGAAGUAACUGAUGAGUCUGCCCUAAUGACAUUGGAUGUUGAGAAGCAAACACAAAUUCAGGAAUCAAAAAAAGAACUACAGAAACAUAAUGAGGGUGAAAGUUUCAAUAAAAAGGACAAAGGAACUGCUGAUAUACAAAGACUCAUGGCGAGAUUUAUAGAGAUUUAUAGAACACAAGAAAUAGGACCAGACUUAAAAAACCAACCUGAAAAAAUAAAUGUUGACAAAGAUGAUAAAGAUGAAGAUGGUGAAACUGAAGGAUUAUUACAUGAGAUCGAACAGUUCCCAGAGGUUUUGGAAAUGGUAAAAACUGCAAUGAGGCAAACUGAAAUGCAUCUGAAAGAAGAAAUGAGUAACAUGAAAUUGAUGAAAACUGCAGCAAAAAAACAAAAACAAGAACUGGAUCAGAGGUUAGAGAAAACUUUGAGAGAGAGAGACAAAUUAGAUAUUUUGAAAAUAAAAAUGCAACAACAAACUAAAGUGAUGGAGCAGAAUCUGGAGAAAAUCUCCAAAGUUAAGAGCACUGUAGAGAAAAUGGCUGUUAAGACUAGGAGGAAAAGUGAAGAUAUUGCAAUUAUUAUGAAGGAGACAGAGGUAAAACUGAGGCCAUUAGAAGACCUAAACUAUAAGAUCAAAGCCACAAAACAGGAUCUGGAAAGAAGUUACCUUUUAAUACGUCAGGAAAGAGCUGACCUUGAAGAAUUAAAGAAUCAAAUCUGGCAGAAAAAGGAUGGAAGAUCUACUGUAGGAAAUACUGAGAGACAGAAGGGAUAUAUCAUGAAAUACAACAUAGCUGAAAUUGAUACAGGGAGAGACAAACUGUCAAAGAACAGAAUGGGUGAUGAAAUGGAGGAAAUGGAAAAUGAAAUCUUCAGACUGAGAACAAAUAAGGAGAAAGCUGAGGCAGACAUUACAUUAAUAUUGGACAGUUUGGAUCAGGAAAAAAGUCAAACUGAACAACUAAAAAUUCCAGUAAGAAAGCAAGUAAAACAAACAACAGAGAGAGAAGAGAUUGAGAUGUUGAAACAUCAGAUCCAAGCAGAGAUGGAGAAUGUGAAAAUAGCAAGACAGCAAGCUGAGGCAGAAAUACAUGAGAUGAACUGUUUAAGUGAGUAUAUCAGAAGACAGAAACAGGAGCUUGAUGACAGAGCUCAAACAACCAAAAGAGAAAUAAGAGAAAUGGAGCUCCUGAAGUCAGAACUGGAAAUACAGAGAAAAGAAUGUGAGCGGGUAUUUAGAAAAAGCCUGACAAAAAAAGAGCAGAAUGAAAUAAUGUGGAAUGAAAUACAAAAAGAAAAGAAAUUACUGAGGAGAGAGGCCAUACAAAAAAGAAGAAAAUUAGACCAAAGACUGGAGACAACCAUGAGAGAAGUGUUGAGGAUAAAACUGCAACAGCAGGAGGAAGAGCUUGCUGAGGAGAAGCACAGUGUCAAAGACUCAACUACUUCUAUCCAAGUAUACAGAGAUGAUAAAAAACAAAACCUGGGAAAGAGACAUGUGAAAGCAUGGGAGAAAGCUGAAAUGGUACAGCGGAGCUCAAUGGUCACAGCUUUGAGGGUCACUACUGACCCUCAAAAUAUGACACAAAAGAUUCACAUACAUUUGGAAAUAAUUAGAAAGGAAAUGGGAAUUCUGGAAGGUGUAAAUAUUCAAUUAGGGAAACAAAGAGAGGUGCUCAAAUCAUUAAAAGGUGAGAACAGGACAGUAAGAGACAACAUGAUCAGGAUGAAAUCACAGAUAAAGAUGGCCUUUGAAAAACUGAAUAUACAAGCUGAAGCAGAGAUGGAUAAAAUGGUCCAAAUGAGAGAUGAUAUCCAAAAACAAAAACAGGAGCUUGAUAUCAGACUACAGAAAGUUAAAAGAGAAAGAGAAGAGAUGGAAGUGUUAAAGUCUGAGUUGGAGAUCAAAAAAAGAGAAAAUCAACAGAUAAUUCGAAAAGGCUUUCAAAAAGAUGUGGAGGUUAAAAAGAUGUGGGCUGAGAUCAAAGGAGAAAAAGAUGUCCUCAAGAAGGGGACAAGGAAGAGGAAGAAAGAGCUUGAACAGCAGCUGGAGAGGAUCAGAAGGGAGAGAGAUGAACUGGAGAUCAUGAAGCUGAAGAUGCAAAAAGAAAAGGAUGAGAGCAGCAGUGGAAAAGAGCAAUUGCAGAUAUCAUAUAUCACAAAAGUUGCAAAUCAAAUUCAAAAGCAAUGGGAACUAAUUCACAUAUGUAUGAAGAAAUGUAAACACAUGAAAAGACAUACUGAAGAUUUAAAUGGAAUAAUUAAAGAUGAAAAACAACACAUCAAGGCAAAGGCACAGAUCAUAAACCAGACAAAGGAAGAAGUGGAAAUGAUCAAGAUGGAUUUUAAAAGACAAAAAGAAAUGAUGAUAUGUGCAUUACAGUACAUGCAGCAAAAGCAAAUACAUUUGGAGCAAGUGGAGAGAAAAUCAAAAGAAAAAGAAAAGGCGAAAUACAUAGAAAAACCAGAAAAGUUAGUCCUGAGAGAGAAGGAGCUGAAGGAUGAAAAAGAGUUUCUUAAAGCUGAGACAGUUGAAGCUGAACAGAAACAAAGGAAAGGGCAAAAAGAAACUAAAAGACUGAUAAACAAUACUGGCAGUGAGAAGGGAUUAGAAAUCCCCAAAUCUAGAGCAAGAGAGCAAGAGAGAAGAGAAAAGCAAAAUUUGUCAAGUGAAAUAAAGAAAAAAAUACAUUCAGAUGAACAAAAGACCAUAUUUGUGUUGCAACUGAAUGAAUCACUUGAAAAGGACAUUAAGGAGAGGGGAGACAUUUUAAAAGAAAAGAAGAAGAAACUAGAGUUUGGGUCUAAAGAAUCAGAUCAGGAUGAUGCAAACCAGCAGUACGACAAAGACCCAAAAGCCUUUGCAGAAACUAAACAGUUGAGAAACAAGUACAAAUUAAAAAUGAGUAAAAUAAAAGAUAAAAAGACAAAAACUGGUCAGUUAGAAUUAGAUGCCAAAGUGAUGCUACAAGUUAAAAAGAGAAGGAAGGCAAAAAAAGAAGUGGAAGCUGAUGAAAAAUUAGAAAAAAGUGCUAACAUCACACAGAUCUUAGAAAAAGAAAAUCUGAUAAAAUUGUCAGAUGUGGUCAACAAAAAGGAUGAUGUGAAAGAUCAUUCAAAACUAAUGGUUGUAGAAAAUGGAGGUCUUGAAAAACUUAAAUCAGAGCUGGAAAAGAUAAAUGAGAAAAUGAGACAGUAUUUCACGUCUGAGAUUCUGAAACAAACAGACAUUUUAGAAAAGAAUGAACAAGACAUAAAAGAGGGAAAAGGAAAGUUGGAAAUUAUAAAGAUUGAGCUACAAGAGAAGAAAGAACAUGCAGAGAGUCUGUUUGAUGAGAUAAACAGAAAUAAAACCAACAUUAAAGAGCUGACCCUAAAGGCCCAGAGAGAGCGAGACAAACUUGAACAAGUCGUUAACAAGAUUACUUUAAAACUAGAUGAACAAGAAGUCCAGAUUGACGCCACCAGAGGACUAAAACAAGAACUGGGAAGCAUUGAGAAGAGGGUGCUGGCAGAAAGAAAAGAAAUGGAACUCUUGAGGAAGAAUCUCAACAAGAUGAAAGCAGAACUUGAAGCUAUGAUGAUCAGCAUCAGUAGCGAGAGAGAAUGUCUCAGUCAAAUGAGGAUUUACAUGGACAGAAAGAAAGCCAUGUUUUUGAAUGAAAAGGACAAACUGGAAAAAGAAAGGUCUCAACUGAUGAUGAUGAGAGAACAUCCAGUCAUGACUAAAAUGAAAGUCCUAGAAAGUCUGAGGGUGAAACUUCAACAGCUGAAAGAAAGAAUGAGUGAUGACAUCAAACACAAAAUGGAACGUUUACAACAAAACAACGAAGAUAUGCUAACGGUGUGGUCUGCAUUGGAAGAAAAGUGUGCAGAGCUUGAUGGACAGAAAGAAAACAUGAAUUGUUACACCGAGCUGUUAGAGAGAGAAAAGGAAGGUCUGAUAAGUAUACUGUCAGACAUGGUCAUCCAGAAAGAGCAUGUUGAACAUCUAUGGAGGCAAAAGUUUAUGAAUGAAAAACUACAUCUUGACAAACUGAGGGCAGAGCUGAAGGAGGAGAGAGAAGAAUUAGACAGAGUGAAUGAGAUGAUGAACAAAGAUAAAAUGGACUUGGAGAUGAUGAGGUCUGACAUCCUGAAACAAAGUGACCUAUUAGACCAAGAGAAACGACAUAUAAAGGAGGAAAAAGACAAUUUGGAAAUCAUAAAGACUGAACUUCAAAAGAAAAAAGAACAUGCAGACAUUCUGAUUGAUGAGAUGAACAGAGAGAAAACCAACAUUAGAGAUUUGACCCAUCUGGUUCAGACAGGAAUAAAGACACUUCAGAAUGAGAUGAACAUAAUUAAAUUGAAACAAAAAGAACAUGAACUAAAGGAUAAUGACCUCAAAACACAAUUUCAGGAACUACAAACCUAUAGGAGCACUGUAUUGGAAGAAAGAGAAGGACUGAAACUUUUGAGGAAGGAUCUCAACAAGAAGAAAGAAGAGGUUGAAGCUGUUAUCAACAGCAUAAGUCUAGAAAAAGAACAAAUCAGUCAGCUGAAGACUAGUCUUGAUAUGGACAGGCAAAAACUUGAGAGUGAGAAAGAUAAAGUGAAAGAUGAACAGUCAGAGUUGAAAGUCAAAGAAGAUCAAUUCAUGAGUAAAAUACUAUUCAUACAAACCUUGAGAGGUAAACUCCAAGAACUGAACAAAAAUACACAUAGAGACAUCAAAAACAAAAUAGAGCAAAUAGACCAAAACAAUAAAGACAUGCAAAGAUUGUGCAUUGCAUUGCAGAAAAAACUUGCAAACUUUGAUAAAGAGACAACCCAGAUGUCGGUUUACACUGAGCUGAUGCAAACAGAAAAAAAUGCUCUCAUCGGUAUACUCUCAGAGAUGGUAAUGAAACGAGAAGUCAUGGAAAAUCAAUGGAAGCAGAAGGUUGAAAUGGAAAAACAAAAUUCUAAUAACCAGAGGGAAGAGCUGAAGCAAGACAGGGAGGACCUGGAUAGACUUAAUGAGAUGAUGAAUAAAGAGAGGCAGGAAUUGGAGCUGAUGAGGUCUAAUAUUCUGAAACAAAUGGACUUGUUAGAGCAAGAGAAGCAAGACAUAAAAGAGGGAAAAGAAAAGUUGGAAAUUAUAAAGAUUGAGCUACAAGAGAAGAAAGAACAUGCAGAGAGUCUGUUUGAUGAGAUAAACAGAAAUAAAACCAACAUUAAAGAGCUGACCCUAAAGGCCCAGAGAGAGCGAGACAAACUUGAACAAGUCGUUAACAAGAUUACUUUAAAACUAGAUGAACAAGAAGUCCAGAUUGACGCCACCAGAGGACUAAAACAAGAACUGGGAAGCAUUGAGAAGAGGGUGCUGGCAGAAAGAAAAGAAAUGGAACUCUUGAGGAAGAAUCUCAACAAGAUGAAAGCAGAACUUGAAGCUAUGAUGAUCAGCAUCAGUAGCGAGAGAGAAUGUCUCAGUCAAAUGAGGAUUUACAUGGACAGAAAGAAAGCCAUGUUUUUGAAUGAAAAGGACAAACUGGAAAAAGAAAGGUCUCAACUGAUGAUGAUGAGAGAACAUCCAGUCAUGACUAAAAUGAAAGUCCUAGAAAGUCUGAGGGUGAAACUUCAACAGCUGAAAGAAAGAAUGAGUGAUGACAUCAAACACAAAAUGGAACGUUUACAACAAAACAACGAAGAUAUGCUAACGGUGUGGUCUGCAUUGGAAGAAAAGUGUGCAGAGCUUGAUGGACAGAAAGAAAACAUGAAUUGUUACACCGAGCUGUUAGAGAGAGAAAAGGAAGGUCUGAUAAGUAUACUGUCAGACAUGGUCAUCCAGAAAGAGCAUGUUGAACAUCUAUGGAGGCAAAAGUUUAUGAAUGAAAAACUACAUCUUGACAAACUGAGGGCAGAGCUGAAGGAGGAGAGAGAAGAAUUAGACAGAGUGAAUGAGAUGAUGAACAAAGAUAAAAUGGACUUGGAGAUGAUGAGGUCUGACAUCCUGAAACAAAGUGACCUAUUAGACCAAGAGAAACGACAUAUAAAGGAGGAAAAAGACAAUUUGGAAAUCAUAAAGACUGAACUUCAAAAGAAAAAAGAACAUGCAGACAUUCUGAUUGAUGAGAUGAACAGAGAGAAAACCAACAUUAGAGAUUUGACCCAUCUGGUUCAGACAGGAAUAAAGACACUUCAGAAUGAGAUGAACAUAAUUAAAUUGAAACAAAAAGAACAUGAACUAAAGGAUAAUGACCUCAAAACACAAUUUCAGGAACUACAAACCUAUAGGAGCACUGUAUUGGAAGAAAGAGAAGGACUGAAACUUUUGAGGAAGGAUCUCAACAAGAAGAAAGAAGAGGUUGAAGCUGUUAUCAACAGCAUAAGUCUAGAAAAAGAACAAAUCAGUCAGCUGAAGACUAGUCUUGAUAUGGACAGGCAAAAACUUGAGAGUGAGAAAGAUAAAGUGAAAGAUGAACAGUCAGAGUUGAAAGUCAAAGAAGAUCAAUUCAUGAGUAAAAUACUAUUCAUACAAACCUUGAGAGGUAAACUCCAAGAACUGAACAAAAAUACACAUAGAGACAUCAAAAACAAAAUAGAGCAAUUAGACCAAAACAAUAAAGACAUGCAAAGAUUGUGCAUUGCAUUGCAGAAAAAACUUGCAAACUUUGAUAAAGAGACAACCCAGAUGUCGGUUUACACUGAGCUGAUGCAGACAGAAAAAAAUGCUCUCAUCGGUAUACUCUCAGAGAUGGUAAUGAAACGAGAAGUCAUGGAAAAUCAAUGGAAGCAGAAGGUUGAAAUGGAAAAACAAAAUUCUAAUAACCAGAGGGAAGAGCUGAAGCAAGACAGGGAGGACCUGGAUAGACUUAAUGAGAUGAUGAAUAAAGAGAGGCAGGAAUUGGAGCUGAUGAGGUCUAAUAUUCUGAAACAAAUGGACUUGUUAGAGCAAGAGAAGCAAGACAUAAAAGAGGGAAAAGAAAAGUUGGAAAUUAUAAAGAUUGAGCUACAAGAGAAGAAAGAACAUGCAGAGAGUCUGUUUGAUGAGAUAAACAGAAAUAAAACCAACAUUAAAGAGCUGACCCUAAAGGCCCAGAGAGAGCGAGACAAACUUGAACAAGUCGUUAACAAGAUUACUUUAAAACUAGAUGAACAAGAAGUCCAGAUUGACGCCACCAGAGGACUAAAACAAGAACUGGGAAGCAUUGAGAAGAGGGUGCUGGCAGAAAGAAAAGAAAUGGAACUCUUGAGGAAGAAUCUCAACAAGAUGAAAGCAGAACUUGAAGCUAUGAUGAUCAGCAUCAGUAGCGAGAGAGAAUGUCUCAGUCAAAUGAGGAUUUACAUGGACAGAAAGAAAGCCAUGUUUUUGAAUGAAAAGGACAAACUGGAAAAAGAAAGGUCUCAACUGAUGAUGAUGAGAGAACAUCCAGUCAUGACUAAAAUGAAAGUCCUAGAAAGUCUGAGGGUGAAACUUCAACAGCUGAAAGAAAGAAUGAGUGAUGACAUCAAACACAAAAUGGAACGUUUACAACAAAACAACGAAGAUAUGCUAACGGUGUGGUCUGCAUUGGAAGAAAAGUGUGCAGAGCUUGAUGGACAGAAAGAAAACAUGAAUUGUUACACCGAGCUGUUAGAGAGAGAAAAGGAAGGUCUGAUAAGUAUACUGUCAGACAUGGUCAUCCAGAAAGAGCAUGUUGAACAUCUAUGGAGGCAAAAGUUUAUGAAUGAAAAACUACAUCUUGACAAACUGAGGGCAGAGCUGAAGGAGGAGAGAGAAGAAUUAGACAGAGUGAAUGAGAUGAUGAACAAAGAUAAAAUGGACUUGGAGAUGAUGAGGUCUGACAUCCUGAAACAAAGUGACCUAUUAGACCAAGAGAAACGACAUAUAAAGGAGGAAAAAGACAAUUUGGAAAUCAUAAAGACUGAACUUCAAAAGAAAAAAGAACAUGCAGACAUUCUGAUUGAUGAGAUGAACAGAGAGAAAACCAACAUUAGAGAUUUGACCCAUCUGGUUCAGACAGGAAUAAAGACACUUCAGAAUGAGAUGAACAUAAUUAAAUUGAAACAAAAAGAACAUGAACUAAAGGAUAAUGACCUCAAAACACAAUUUCAGGAACUACAAACCUAUAGGAGCACUGUAUUGGAAGAAAGAGAAGGACUGAAACUUUUGAGGAAGGAUCUCAACAAGAAGAAAGAAGAGGUUGAAGCUGUUAUCAACAGCAUAAGUCUAGAAAAAGAACAAAUCAGUCAGCUGAAGACUAGUCUUGAUAUGGACAGGCAAAAACUUGAGAGUGAGAAAGAUAAAGUGAAAGAUGAACAGUCAGAGUUGAAAGUCAAAGAAGAUCAAUUCAUGAGUAAAAUACUAUUCAUACAAACCUUGAGAGGUAAACUCCAAGAACUGAACAAAAAUACACAUAGAGACAUCAAAAACAAAAUAGAGCAAUUAGACCAAAACAAUAAAGACAUGCAAAGAUUGUGCAUUGCAUUGCAGAAAAAACUUGCAAACUUUGAUAAAGAGACAACCCAGAUGUCGGUUUACACUGAGCUGAUGCAGACAGAAAAAAAUGCUCUCAUCGGUAUACUCUCAGAGAUGGUAAUGAAACGAGAAGUCAUGGAAAAUCAAUGGAAGCAGAAGGUUGAAAUGGAAAAACAAAAUUCUAAUAACCAGAGGGAAGAGCUGAAGCAAGACAGGGAGGACCUGGAUAGACUUAAUGAGAUGAUGAAUAAAGAGAGGCAGGAAUUGGAGCUGAUGAGGUCUAAUAUUCUGAAACAAAUGGACUUGUUAGAGCAAGAGAAGCAAGACAUAAAAGAGGGAAAAGAAAAGUUGGAAAUUAUAAAGAUUGAGCUACAAGAGAAGAAAGAACAUGCAGAGAGUCUGUUUGAUGAGAUAAACAGAAAUAAAACCAACAUUAAAGAGCUGACCCUAAAGGCCCAGAGAGAGCGAGACAAACUUGAACAAGUCGUUAACAAGAUUACUUUAAAACUAGAUGAACAAGAAGUCCAGAUUGACGCCACCAGAGGACUAAAACAAGAACUGGGAAGCAUUGAGAAGAGGGUGCUGGCAGAAAGAAAAGAAAUGGAACUCUUGAGGAAGAAUCUCAACAAGAUGAAAGCAGAACUUGAAGCUAUGAUGAUCAGCAUCAGUAGCGAGAGAGAAUGUCUCAGUCAAAUGAGGAUUUACAUGGACAGAAAGAAAGCCAUGUUUUUGAAUGAAAAGGACAAACUGGAAAAAGAAAGGUCUCAACUGAUGAUGAUGAGAGAACAUCCAGUCAUGACUAAAAUGAAAGUCCUAGAAAGUCUGAGGGUGAAACUUCAACAGCUGAAAGAAAGAAUGAGUGAUGACAUCAAACACAAAAUGGAACGUUUACAACAAAACAACGAAGAUAUGCUAACGGUGUGGUCUGCAUUGGAAGAAAAGUGUGCAGAGCUUGAUGGACAGAAAGAAAACAUGAAUUGUUACACCGAGCUGUUAGAGAGAGAAAAGGAAGGUCUGAUAAGUAUACUGUCAGACAUGGUCAUCCAGAAAGAGCAUGUUGAACAUCUAUGGAGGCAAAAGUUUAUGAAUGAAAAACUACAUCUUGACAAACUGAGGGCAGAGCUGAAGGAGGAGAGAGAAGAAUUAGACAGAGUGAAUGAGAUGAUGAACAAAGAUAAAAUGGACUUGGAGAUGAUGAGGUCUGACAUCCUGAAACAAAGUGACCUAUUAGACCAAGAGAAACGACAUAUAAAGGAGGAAAAAGACAAUUUGGAAAUCAUAAAGACUGAACUUCAAAAGAAAAAAGAACAUGCAGACAUUCUGAUUGAUGAGAUGAACAGAGAGAAAACCAACAUUAGAGAUUUGACCCAUCUGGUUCAGACAGGAAUAAAGACACUUCAGAAUGAGAUGAACAUAAUUAAAUUGAAACAAAAAGAACAUGAACUAAAGGAUAAUGACCUCAAAACACAAUUUCAGGAACUACAAACCUAUAGGAGCACUGUAUUGGAAGAAAGAGAAGGACUGAAACUUUUGAGGAAGGAUCUCAACAAGAAGAAAGAAGAGGUUGAAGCUGUUAUCAACAGCAUAAGUCUAGAAAAAGAACAAAUCAGUCAGCUGAAGACUAGUCUUGAUAUGGACAGGCAAAAACUUGAGAGUGAGAAAGAUAAAGUGAAAGAUGAACAGUCAGAGUUGAAAGUCAAAGAAGAUCAAUUCAUGAGUAAAAUACUAUUCAUACAAACCUUGAGAGGUAAACUCCAAGAACUGAACAAAAAUACACAUAGAGACAUCAAAAACAAAAUAGAGCAAUUAGACCAAAACAAUAAAGACAUGCAAAGAUUGUGCAUUGCAUUGCAGAAAAAACUUGCAAACUUUGAUAAAGAGACAACCCAGAUGUCGGUUUACACUGAGCUGAUGCAGACAGAAAAAAAUGCUCUCAUCGGUAUACUCUCAGAGAUGGUAAUGAAACGAGAAGUCAUGGAAAAUCAAUGGAAGCAGAAGGUUGAAAUGGAAAAACAAAAUUCUAAUAACCAGAGGGAAGAGCUGAAGCAAGACAGGGAGGACCUGGAUAGACUUAAUGAGAUGAUGAAUAAAGAGAGGCAGGAAUUGGAGCUGAUGAGGUCUAAUAUUCUGAAACAAAUGGACUUGUUAGAGCAAGAGAAGCAAGACAUAAAAGAGGGAAAAGAAAAGUUGGAAAUUAUAAAGAUUGAGCUACAAGAGAAGAAAGAACAUGCAGAGAGUCUGUUUGAUGAGAUAAACAGAAAUAAAACCAACAUUAAAGAGCUGACCCUAAAGGCCCAGAGAGAGCGAGACAAACUUGAACAAGUCGUUAACAAGAUUACUUUAAAACUAGAUGAACAAGAAGUCCAGAUUGACGCCACCAGAGGACUAAAACAAGAACUGGGAAGCAUUGAGAAGAGGGUGCUGGCAGAAAGAAAAGAAAUGGAACUCUUGAGGAAGAAUCUCAACAAGAUGAAAGCAGAACUUGAAGCUAUGAUGAUCAGCAUCAGUAGCGAGAGAGAAUGUCUCAGUCAAAUGAGGAUUUACAUGGACAGAAAGAAUGCCAUGUUUUUGAAUGAAAAGGACAAACUGGAAAAAGAAAGGUCUCAACUGAUGAUGAUGAGAGAACAUCCAGUCAUGACUAAAAUGAAAGUCCUAGAAAGUCUGAGGGUGAAACUUCAACAGCUGAAAGAAAGAAUGAGUGAUGACAUCAAACACAAAAUGGAACGUUUACAACAAAACAACGAAGAUAUGCUAACGGUGUGGUCUGCAUUGGAAGAAAAGUGUGCAGAGCUUGAUGGACAGAAAGAAAACAUGAAUUGUUACACCGAGCUGUUAGAGAGAGAAAAGGAAGGUCUGAUAAGUAUACUGUCAGACAUGGUCAUCCAGAAAGAGCAUGUUGAACAUCUAUGGAGGCAAAAGUUUAUGAAUGAAAAACUACAUCUUGACAAACUGAGGGCAGAGCUGAAGGAGGAGAGAGAAGAAUUAGACAGAGUGAAUGAGAUGAUGAACAAAGAUAAAAUGGACUUGGAGAUGAUGAGGUCUGACAUCCUGAAACAAAGUGACCUAUUAGACCAAGAGAAACGACAUAUAAAGGAGGAAAAAGACAAUUUGGAAAUCAUAAAGACUGAACUUCAAAAGAAAAAAGAACAUGCAGACAUUCUGCAUGAUGAGAUGAACAGAGAGAAAACCAACAUUAGAGAUUUGACCCAUCUGGUUCAGACAGGAAUAAAGACACUUCAGAAUGAGAUGAACAUAAUUAAAUUGAAACAAAAAGAACAUGAACUAAAGGAUAAUGACCUCAAAACACAAUUUCAGGAACUACAAACCUAUAGGAGCACUGUAUUGGAAGAAAGAGAAGGACUGAAACUUUUGAGGAAGGAUCUCAACAAGAAGAAAGAAGAGGUUGAAGCUGUUAUCAACAGCAUAAGUCUAGAAAAAGAACAAAUCAGUCAGCUGAAGACUAGUCUUGAUAUGGACAGGCAAAAAACUUAGAGUGAGAAAGAUAAAGUGAAAGAUGAACAGUCAGAGUUGAAAGUCAAAGAAGAUCAAUUCAUGAGUAAAAUACUAUUCAUACAAACCUUGAGAGGUAAACUCCAAGAACUGAACAAAAAUACACAUAGAGACAUCAAAAACAAAAUAGAGCAAAUAGACCAAAACAAUAAAGACAUGCAAAGAUUGUGCAUUGCAUUGCAGAAAAAACUUGCAAACUUUGAUAAAGAGACAACCCAGAUGUCGGUUUACACUGAGCUGAUGCAAACAGAAAAAAAUGCUCUCAUCGGUAUACUCUCAGAGAUGGUAAUGAAACGAGAAGUCAUGGAAAAUCAAUGGAAGCAGAAGGUUGAAAUGGAAAAACAAAAUUCUAAUAACCAGAGGGAAGAGCUGAAGCAAGACAGGGAGGACCUGGAUAGACUUAAUGAGAUGAUGAAUAAAGAGAGGCAGGAAUUGGAGCUGAUGAGGUCUAAUAUUCUGAAACAAAUGGACUUGUUAGAGCAAGAGAAGCAAGACAUAAAGAGGGAAAAGAAAAGUUGUUAUAAAGAUGAGCUACAAGAGAAGAAAGAACAUGACAAACUGGAAAAAAGAAGGUCUCAACUGAUGAUGAGAGAACAUCUAGUCAUGACUAAAAUGAAAGUCCUAGAAAGUCUGAGGGUGAAACUUCAACAGCUGAAAGAAAGAAUGAGUGAUGACAUCAAACACAAAAUGGAACGUUUACAACAAAACGAAGAUAUGCUAACGGUGUGGUCUGCAUUGGAAGAAAAGUGUGCAGAGCUUGAUGGACAGAAAGAAAACAUGAAUUUACACGAGCUGUUAGAGAGAGAAAAGGAAGGUCUGAUAAGUAUACUGUCAGACAUGGUCAUCCAGAAAGAGCAUGUUGAACAUCUAUGGAGGCAAAAGUUUAUGAAUGAAAAACUACAUCUUGACAAACUGAGGGCAGAGCUGAAGGAGGAGAGAGAAGAAUUAGACAGAGUGAAUGAGAUGAUGAACAAAGAUAAAAUGGACUUGGAGAUGAUGAGGUCUGACAUCCUGAAACAAAGUGACCUAUUAGACCAAGAGAAACGACAUAUAAAGGAGGAAAAAAGCAAAAACUUGAGAGUGAGAAAGAUAAAAGUGAAAGAUGAACAGUCAGAGUUGAAAGUCAAAGAAGAUCAAUUCAUGAGUAAAAUACUAUUCAUACAAACCUUGAGAGGUAAACUCCAAGAACUGAACAAAAAUACACAUAGAGACAUCAAAAACAAAAUAGAGCAAUUAGACCAAAACAAUAAAGACAUGCAAAGAUUGUGCAUUGCAUUGCAGAAAAAACUUGCAAACUUUGAUAAAGAGACA